AUUACAGACCUCGUUCAUUCACAAGGCAAUACACCUUUCAAUGCACACAAUGGCUACCUUUGAUGGCUAUACUCACGUCGAUAAGCUUAUGGAAAAGGCCUUAAAAGAAGGCACGACCAAAGAAGAGUUAAAGGAAGCAUAUGUGGCUUGGAGCAAAACAUAUGAAAAGGUGAGAAGCAGAGAUUCGCGAGAAGACGAAUUCGAGCCUAGAUGUAUUAAAAUUGCACAAAUUCCAAUGUGAUUGUGAAAUAGUGGAGCCGGACGAAUCUUCGCAUGGUUCCGAAUACAUUGAAUUGUCCGAAUGGCAGCCAAAGUCGGUCUGCACGCAAGCUAUAAACAUUAAGGUUUUCUUUGACUUUUCGAGACGGUAUAUAUACAAUAUAUGUACUAUAUAUAUCAGCAUGCCAGAACCAGUGAGCUCUAUAUAUACUGGAGUAAGAACUUUAGUCAUGCGUGGCGGAAUAGACCUUCCCCUUUUCAGUGCAAUUUUGAUCUAGACAAGUCUGGACAAAAAUUUCAUCACAGCUUGAAAGAGCAUCACAAAAUUAGUAAUAUUCCGAAGUUUCGUUGCGAAAUGUUGUAAAACGCGGAUGAUAUUGCCUUGCGAAGUUUGCCGUUUUUCAGUCAUUUGGUAUUACAAACGGGAAAUUGAUAAUCAGAUGAUCAAACUGAUUAUCAAUUUCCCAUUUGUAAUCAAAAUGACUGAAAAACGGCAAACUUCGCAAGGCUAUAUUAUCCGCAUUUUACAACAUUUCGCACCAAAACUUCGGAAUAUUACUAAUUUUGUGAUGCUCUUUCAAGCUGUGAUGAAAUUGUUGCCCAGGCCUAUCUAGAUCAAAAUUUCACUCAUAAGGCAAUCUCGUUCCCCGAGCAUGCCCGUUCGCAGGUUAAGGGUGGGCAUAGCUCUGGAGAAAUCGAAUUGAUUCAGGCCGCUGAUUGGCUAGCGGCAGAUAUAGCACGUUGGAUUUCCAACGUGAGCUCUACGUAGCCUAGUUCCUCGGCCUUUUCGCUUGCGCCUGAUUAUUAAGGGUGAUUUUUUAGAGGCAUGCGGGUUGACCGGGAUUUUUUGGAGACUGGGGAGUCAGUUCGGAUUUGUUCGGAAACGCGCAGCCUGCAAAUUCCUUGAAGCCUGUAACUCGCCCGCGGGUGGAAGGCCGAGGAACUAGGCUAAGCUCUACGCAUGCUUAGGAAUUGUUGCAAAAUAUAAACAAAGUAUUUAGAAUUUCUCGUCGAAAAUUUGCUACUUUUUACACUGAAAUCGAAUUGAAAACAAAUAGAAAUUGGGAAGAUAUGUACGAAAGCUUCGGAUUGAUAGGGAAACAAGUACCUGAAAAUACAAGAACUUGGACGUUUCGAGCGAAGGUUAAGCGAGUCAAGCGACUUGUACUGUAAUAGUUUGUAUACAAUACUCGUAUUUGACCUUUUAUACUGUCGUACCUAACACUACGUAUACCAUAAAUUCUGACAGGAGAGUUAAAUGUAAAUUUUAAAGCACAUAUAUAUUAUACUCAUUCUUGAGGAUAUUAUAUUUAUCAGUAAAGGUAAAGUACGAUGUAUACAAACACUACAAUACAUGUCGAAGCGCCUUCGUACGAAAAUAUAUCGAAGUUCCCCUUGUACUUUUCAGGUAGUUGUAUCCCUAUCAAUCCGAAGCUUUCCCCCAGAAUUUUUAGUUGUUUUCAAUUCGAUUUCAGUGCAAACAGUAUCAAAUUUUCGACGAGAAAUUCUAAAUACUUUGCUUAUAUUUUGCAACAAUUGCCGAGCAUGCGUAGAACUCACGUUGGAAAUCCAACGUGAAUCAAUUCGAUUUCUCCAGAGCUAUGCCCACCCUUAACCUGCGAACGGGCAUGCUCGGGGAACGAGAUUGCUCAUAAGGGGAAAGGUCUAUUGACGUCCAAAAUCUAUCAAGGUCGUAAACAGUUUUCAUAGCAUUUUCCCAGUAAAUUUCAGUUUUUAAAUUUAUCAGUUCACAAAACCAUAAUAUUCCUAAAAUCGUCAAAUCGAAAUCAAAACAAGAAAUUUCGAAUCUAUGAUAUGAGCCGGCAUUAAUCGGACGAAAGAAAUUGCAAGGAGAGUUGAUGCCGGAGUCGACAGACGAGAGUUUACAUGAGAGUUUUCACAACUCUUAUGCCCGGUCAAACGAGAACAAGAGUUACAUGACCGUUGAUGAGAGUUGACUGGAAAUCUCUCACCAAUUUUCAUCAAAUUUUGAACUAGUUCAAAGCAGUGGUGGAUUUAUAGCGGGGGGGGGGUCAGUUCUCAUCCGUCCGCGGUUAACAGUGUGCCGUAAACGUCAAUCUUAAGGUCACUAAUAGCUGUUCGACUGUGCCGUGUUUUUAGGAUAUGUGUAUAAAUCACUCGUACAGUGGGCCAGCAGUAGCAGCGGAACAAUUGGCACAACAGAUGAAAGAAUUUGGAUACACCGACGACACUCGUAUUCUAGAUCUCGGCUGCGGCACAGGAUUGGUCGGAGACGAACUAGUGAAUCGUGGUUAUAAAAAUAUCGAUGGAGUAGACCUAAUGCCGGAGAUGCUGGAGGUUGCAAAAGCAAAAGGUAUAUAUGGAUUACUACAACAAGGUUCGAUGGGGUCUCCAGAGUGCAAGGAUCUGGGUAUUGGCGCGAACCAAUACGAUGUCGCCAUUUGCGUGGGUACCUUCACACUCGCACACGUGAAAAGCGAAGGCCUUGACGAUCUCGUGCACGUGGUCAAACCGGGGGGAUUGGUGGCGUUUGGUAUCAGAGAGCGAGCACUGGAUGCUCCGCAAAGCGGAUAUCGUGAAAAAAUGGAUCAACUUUGCAAAGAGGGAAAGUGGAAAUUCGUCGCAAAGCACCACGAAGCGGUUUACCUAACAGGAGACGGUGCGGGUGCAUGGUACUUUGUUUAUCAAAUAUUGUGAAAUUAUAUUGUGAACAUUAAAAUAAUAUUACCAUGAAACUCCGCCUGAGAAAUAAAUUAGUAAAUCAAUUCUUAUGUGUAAAAUUCUUCAUAACCACAUCGCACCUAGCCUGCGCGCAGACUAUACAAUGACAUGUAUGCAUGUCAUGUCUGAUAUAUGACUGUCUGUCGAUGUAUGAUAUAUGUCUGUCAUGUCAUGUCUGUCGCCCCCCGUGGAAAUCAGCUACGGUUGACGGGGUCAGCGUGGAUAAAUAAAGUUCUACUACUACUACUAUAUAUGUCUGAUAUAUAGUCUGCGCGCAGGCUACAUCGCACCAAACCUAAAGGCCGUUUUUCACUAGGUGAAAUUUUCCGCGCGGAGCGGAAUUUCUCUUUGUUUUUUUCUAAAGCUGGUUUUCCACUAGGCGGAAUUUUGCGCACGGAGCGGAAUUUCUCUUUGUCUUUUCUAAAGCCGGUUUUCCACUAGGCGGAAUUUUACGCGCGGAGUGGAAUUUUUCGUUAUCUUUUCUAAUUAAGCCUGAUUUCCACUAGGCGGAAUUUUGCGCGCGCAGCGGAAAUUUUCUUUGUCUUUUCUAAUUAGUUCCACCUGAGAAAUCGCAAGACAAAGAAAGAUUCCGCUCCGCGCGCAAAAUUCCGCCUAGUGGAAAUCAGGCUUUAGUUCCACCCGAGAAAUCAUAAAGCCGGUUUUCCACUAGGCGGAAUUUUGCGCGCGGAGUGGAAUUUUUCUUUGUCUUGUGAUUUCUCGGGUGGAACUAAUUAGAAAAGACAAAGAAAAAUUCCGCUCCGCGCGCAAAAUUCCGCCUAGUAGAAAACGGCCUUAAAAGAAUCUUUUCGACCCAAUAAUGAAACAGGUUAAACAUACAACCUGAGAAAUAGUGAAACUGAUUGACCACUUCCUAAUCCCUGGGUGCCACUGAAGGCAGAGUCCAUAACAAACAACUGAGGUGUGAACGAUAUGCGACUAUCUGAAAAAUAUGACCAAAAGUUCGGCGAUUCGAACGAAUUAGACCCUUCCCGACAAAAGGCAUUCGUUCGAAACGUCUAAGUUCAGUGACGUAACCAGCCCAACGAUUUAGUCCUGCUACGCAAACAGGGCCGCAGAGAGGUUGGCGGGGGCCCGGGGCAAAUUUUUUUUGGGGGGCCCCUUUCCAAAAAAAUUUUUCCGGUAAAAAUUUUAGGGGUGAAAAAAUUUUUCCGGAGUAAAAAUUUUCCGGACGAGUACGUUGAAGAUACUUUCCAGGGACUUUAUCUCAUUUUUCUAUGCCUCAUUUCGGUACUUAGCCAAAUAAGACAGAGAUCUUGUCCUUUGCGAGCAAAUAUUUAACACACAAAAAAGACUGGGGCCCAACUAACAUUUUUCAGGGGCCCCAGCACUUCGGGGCAAUUUGCUCCCCCCUGCCCCCCCCCUCUCGGCGGCCCUGUAUGCAAAUUUUAACACAUCAUUAUUCAUUUCUUUUGAAAGGAAUAACGUUCGCAUUGGUAUCUAUGGGGCC